AUGUUUUCAUCCCCUUCCCCUUCCCUUUCUUCCAUAACGACCACAUCCCAGGAGGGGACAUUGAGAUCCACCACUCUAAGUCCCAGCGUGGAGACAUCAAGUGUCGGUCAGAGUACCCUCUCGUCCAGCAUGACAAAUCCUGAGACCAGCCCUUCCUCUACGUUUUCCAGCUCCCAAACCCAACGACCCAAGAGCACAACUGGCAGACCUGCAUCCAGUCCCAGCACACCGGAGGCGACUUCCAUUCAGUCACAAGUCACAACGCCUUCUCAAGCUCCUAUCUCGGAAGAGUCACAGAGGACUGUGGUGUCUUCUCCCUCAACCUUUUCUGUGUCUUCCAGUCGGAGACCAAGAUUAACCCAGGAGACCUCACUUCCUAUGACAUCCAGUGCCUCUAGCACUUCUGCACCUGAAACUCGGAAAACAACUACAGUAUCCAUCACUUCCUCAGUAAUCACUGGCACUCGAGUGGUCACCAAUGGAAGCUCAGAGUUGCUGAGCACUGCUUCUCCGACUGCUGAGCACCAAAACACAAGCCACCUCCCAAACCCAACGACCCAAGAGCACAAUUGGCAGACCUGCAUCCAGUCCCAGCACACCGGAGGCGACUUCCAUUCAGUCACAAGUCACAACGCCUUCUCAAGCUCCUACCUUGGAAGAGUCACAGAGGACUGUGGUGUCUUCUCCCUCAACCUUUUCUGCGUCUUCCAGUCAGAGACCAAGAUCAACCCAGGAGACCUCACUUCCUACAACAUCCACUCUCCAAACCCAACGACCCAAGAGCACAACUGGCAGACCUGCAUCCAGUCCCAGCACACCGGAGCACCAAAACACAAGCCACGUUUCAUCCCCUUCCCUUUCUCCAUAACGACCACAUCCCAGGAGGGGACGUUGAGAUCCACCACUCUAAGUCCCAGCAUGGAGACAUCAAGUGUCGGUCAGAGUAGCCUCUCGUCCAGCAUGACAAAUCCUGAGACCAGCCCUUCCUCUACGUUUUCCAGCUCCCAAACCCAACGACCCAAGAGCACAACUGGCAGACCUGCAUCCAGUCCCAGCACACCGGAGGCGACUUCCAUUCAGUCACAAGUCACAACGCCUUCUCAAGCUCCUACCUCAGAAGAGUCACAGAGGACUGUGGUCUCUUCUCCCUCAACCUUUUCUGCGUCUUCCAGUCAGAGACCAAGAUCAACCCAGGAGACCUCACUUCCUACAACAUCCAGUGCCUCUAGCACUUCUGCACUUGAAACUCGGAAAACAACUACAGUGUCCAUCACUUCCUCAGUAAUCACUGGCACUCGAGUGGUCACCAAUGGAAGCUCAGAGUUGCCGAGCACUGCUUCUCCGACUGCUGAGCCCCAAAACACAAGCCACGUUUCAUCCCCUUCCCUUUCUUCCAUAACGACCACAUCCCAGGAGGGGACGUUGAGAUCCACCACUCUAAGUCCUAGCAUGGAGACAUCAAGUGUGUCGUGCACAGUAGUCUCUCGUCCAGGAUGAACAAAU